AGUACAAGACACUCUACAUUUCACAGCACAAAGCGCGCUGCUGUGUUCAACAUUAGAAAUCUAGUCAAUUUGGCGGUCUACAAGAGGUGCGCAACAGAAUCAGGCCAUCAUGGGGAGCAAAAAUAUAUAUCUGACAAAUUUCUUCACAUUCUUCGAUGGCUUAGCCAUGGGAAUGUGGAAUUACGCAAUUCUUGGACCGUACCUAUUCAAGUUGUGCGGAGACAACAAGCAUGCAGGGUAUGCUGAGGGUAUCCAGGGUACUGCGCAAGCCCUAGCCUCAAUACCAGCCAGUAUCCUUGCCGAUCGAUAUAGAAGGGACAUUGUUCUGAGAUGGAGUGGAGGUAUCGGUGCACUGGGCAUCGCAUUGACAAUUGUGGCGCUUUUACAACCAUACGGGCAUAACUGGUACGAGAAUUUUCUCAUGCUGUGCGUUGGCAUGGCUGUAUUUGGCGUAUAUAUGGGCAUGUGGUCGCCUCCUUUGUACGCCAUCUACGCCGACUCCAUCCCGUCGGGUCAAAGAAGUGGCUACGAAACCUGGCGGUAUGUGCUGUCAAUUGGCAGUCUUGCAUCCGGACCGGUAUCUAACAUGGUGCUGUUCCUCAUCCUGGGCAACGAGUGGGGGAUCAAACAGAUGACUAUCAUCUUUAUGAUCGGGAUGGCCCUGCACUUCAUCUCCAUAGCGUCGUUGUUUUUCUUCAGUGACGAUGAUACGCUUGGCGAUGAGAGCGAUGCUCUGCUUGACGACUCAACACAGGAGGCGGCGGAAGCUGAAAUAAUAAAGGCCCGGCUACUAAGUGCAGAGACUAUCCGAGCGAAGGGCUGUUUUUCCUGGCUUCAUGUGACUCACAUCCCCUACAUCGUCGCCAUAUCUGAUGUGACGUUUGGACUGGCUUCUGGGAUGACCAUCAAGUUCUUCCCCAUUUACUUCGCCGAUGUCCUACAACUGUCGCCCAUCCUGGUCAACUUCGUAUUCGUACUCGAUCCCGUGGUCGAAGUUCUUCUCAGUUUAACCGGACAGAAGAUAUCCCUGCAAUACGGGCGCGUGGAGGUUUUGGUGUGCUUCAAAAUUGUUGGCAUUGCGCUUCUGUGGGUCAUGGCGACCUUUGAUUCGCUGUGGAUUGAGCACCCUUACUGGCUGAUAUCGAUCUACAUUAUUCGAUCGGCGCUCAUCAACUGUGUGGUGCCUCUUGCGCGAUCCAUUCUCAUGGACUACUGCCCACCCAAUCAGCGGGCCAAAUGGGGUGCGCUGGAGUCACUCUCUGCUUUUGGCUGGAGUGGCAGCGCAGUGCUGGGAGGUAUUCUCGUGGAUAGCUAUGGCUUUGACAUUGCCUUUCACGCUACUGCGACGGUGCAAUUGAUUGCCUGGUCACCGCUGUUGCUGCUGUUGCCGUUGGUGGCGAGAGAAGAGCAUGCCGAGGCGCGCAGGAGUCUGGUCGACGGUGCAGUGGAGGAGAAGGGGCUGUUGAUGCCAGGACUACGAAAUGAGGAGCGAAGAUAUAGCAGUUGAUUGACGCUUUGGGGUGGUAGCGGGUCUAAAUACAAUCCCAGGGAACGAUACAGGUUUCAUUCGUGUAGCUAUUAAGGCGAAAUAUACGCGCGCGGCUUGCGUAUUUGAUGUGCAGAAAUUCUAAGAAUAAUCGACUUACAUGCAACCUAGCUGAGUUGUUGCUUUGUGGCACCAUACUGGAACUGUCAGUAACAAGUGCAACGUGUACAAUGUAGUCCAGCAGUAUACACUAUUAAAAUUAGCAUUUGAUCAUAAUGCAUAGCGAAAGUCGAUCAUUCAAACCAUGUGAAGCCGCAAAUUAGUUCGUGGACACCUGCCAGCAGACGAGAAUCGAAGCCAAAUUGUUAAGACCAGCUACCAAUCGCGAGUCCUAUAAAUUGAGC